GCAUUGAGAGCCAACGCGGGGUACAGGGUCCGGAGCUGAGGAGCAGCAGCAGCUCAGACACACACCCACACACCGAGACAGACGCAGAAACAAAGCGAAAAAGAACUCAUUCAUUUUUUUAAGUGAAAAGAAAGAGAAAUCAGUGCCAAAAAAAAAAAAAUGCGUGAAAUUGUCCAUCUACAGGCGGGUCAGUGCGGGAACCAGAUCGGAGCCAAGUUCUGGGAAGUGAUCAGCGAUGAACACGGUAUCGACCCGACCGGCACCUACCAUGGCGACGGAGACCUGCAGCUGGAGAGGAUCAGCGUGUAUUACAACGAGGCCUCAGGCGGCAAGUACGUCCCCCGGGCAGUGCUGGUGGAUCUCGAGCCGGGAACCAUGGACUCCGUGAGGUCCGGACCUUUUGGGCAGAUCUUCAGACCGGAUAACUUUGUCUUCGGUCAGAGCGGAGCCGGGAACAACUGGGCCAAAGGUCACUACACAGAAGGCGCUGAGCUGGUGGACUCGGUGUUGGAUGUUGUGAGGAAGGAGGCCGAGAGCUGUGACUGUCUCCAGGGCUUCCAGCUGACCCACUCGCUGGGCGGGGGCACGGGCUCCGGGAUGGGGACCCUCCUCAUCAGCAAGAUCCGCGAGGAGUACCCGGACCGCAUCAUGAACACGUUCAGCGUGGUGCCCUCGCCCAAGGUGUCGGACACGGUGGUGGAGCCCUACAACGCCACCCUGUCGGUGCACCAGCUGGUGGAGAACACCGACGAAACCUUCUGCAUCGACAACGAGGCCCUGUACGACAUCUGCUUCCGCACUCUCAAGCUGACCACCCCCACCUAUGGCGACCUCAACCAUCUGGUGUCGGCCACCAUGAGCGGCGUCACCACUUGCCUGCGCUUCCCGGGCCAGCUGAACGCCGACCUGCGCAAGCUAGCGGUCAACAUGGUGCCCUUCCCCCGCCUGCACUUCUUCAUGCCCGGCUUCGCCCCCUUGACCAGCCGCGGCAGCCAGCAGUACCGUGCGCUGACUGUGCCCGAGCUGACCCAGCAGAUGUUCGACGCCAAGAACAUGAUGGCGGCCUGCGACCCACGACACGGCCGGUACCUCACAGUGGCCGCCAUCUUCCGCGGCCGCAUGUCCAUGAAGGAGGUGGACGAGCAGAUGCUGAACAUCCAGAACAAGAACAGCAGCUACUUCGUGGAGUGGAUCCCCAACAACGUCAAGACAGCCGUGUGCGACAUCCCACCCCGGGGCCUCAAGAUGUCCGCCACCUUCAUCGGCAACUCCACGGCCAUCCAGGAGCUCUUCAAGCGCAUCUCCGAGCAGUUCACCGCCAUGUUCCGGCGCAAGGCCUUCCUGCACUGGUACACGGGCGAGGGCAUGGACGAGAUGGAGUUCACCGAGGCCGAGAGCAACAUGAACGACCUGGUGUCCGAGUACCAGCAGUACCAGGAUGCCACGGCGGAGGAGGCUGAGUUCGAGGAAGACUGUGAGGAAGAUGUCAACUAGAAAGUCCUUUCGUUCGUUCCUUCCUCUUCCUCAGUCUAGUUUUUCUCUUUUUUUUUCUUUUCCCCCCCACCCCCCCCGCCCCCACUUUUGGAGUCUGUCCUUUUUCUGUCUCCUGCUGUCCUCAAAAGUCGUGUUGAUUUGGGAGGUGACUGCGCCAACUUGUACUUUAUUCCUUGCCAAAUAAAGAGAAGCUGUUCACUGG